AUGGUAUCCAAGAUUUUGAUGUAUGGGUUGCCCUCAGCCGCUGUUGCUGUGGGAACUGCUUUACUCAACGAAGAUAACCGGAACACAAUUUUCCGAAAAGCCUUUGCAUUCACUCAAAACCACACUCCGAAAUCAUUCGAUGAGCACUUCCCUCGUGGUGAAUGGGACAAGAACUGGGACUUCCGUGAUCCAACUAGCCUUGUUGACAAAAGUAAGUGGGAGAAAGCCGAUGAAGUAGGAAAGAAGAAGCUUCUCGAAGAAUGUAAAGCAACCGCUUCUAGGAACAUUUUUCUCAUUCGUCAUGGACAGUAUCAUCUUGACCGUGAACAAAAACACCUUACAGAACUAGGUCGUGAACAAGCAGAGCUUCUCGGAAAACGUCUUGCUAACUCUGACAUUAAAUUCACGAACAUGACGAUGUCUACAAUGACUCGUGCUACUGAAACAGCAAACAUUAUUCUGAAACAUCUUCCUGGGGAUUUGCCUAAAAGUUCUUCAUCGCUUAUCGAAGAAGGACCACCAUAUCCACCUGUGCCAGAUCAUAAGACUUGGAGACCACUGGACCCCGAGUUCUACACCGAAGCUGCAAGAAUCGAGUCGGCAUUCCGCAAGUUAAUUCACCGAGCUCCUCCAUCGCAGAAAGAGGAUUCCUAUGAGCUCAUCGUCUGCCACGCAAACGUCAUCCGCUACUUCAUCUGUAGAGCGUUGCAAUUUCCUCCAGAGGGUUGGCUUCGCAUGUCUCUUGGAAACUGUUCCAUCACUUGGCUUGUGAUUCGUCCGAAAGGACACGUGUCUAUCCGUUCUGUUGGUGAUAUCGGACACUUGACUCCAAACAAGAUCUCAUUCACAUGA